UUACAAAGACCACAAACGGCGCAAACUACAAAGUAACAACUAACAACUAACGAGCCAGCCGGUUGCGUUUUCUUUCUCCGGUUUCCUUCUUUUUUUUUUGUUAGCCGUUUUUUAACGUACGCGACUGGAUGCGGUGAUUGCGUUCCGUCGUUUUCCCCGUCUUGUCGUUGCUCGGUUACAUCCUAACUUUUAGCAGUGGUUGCAGUCAUAUCACCGUCGUUUACUCGUCUGCUACGCAAUGGCCGCCGCCCUGUGACCCGCUCGUUCACGCAGUUCGAUAGCGCGUGCUUAGCUUUUUUUUCCCGGCUGUGACGGAAUUGUCUCCCGCGGUUCGCGUUGAACAUCGUUAUUUUAUUUACGACGCCCAAAUUGCCUGCCUACUUUUAUUUUUCUCUGGAUAUUUAUCUCAACUACGAUGGGUGUCUGUUUUCUUUGUGAUUCAAAAUUGUACGGUGAACGCACACGGGUGUGUUCAAGCAUUACACCACAUAGUAAUGUGCCAUACCCAGAAAAAAUUGUCGAGCUUAUGGGAGAAGAAUUUGUAGUUAUUGUAACCCCCACUGAUCACAUGUGCAAGAAAUGUACCUCGCUUUUGACUCAUAUGGACAAGUUGGAAAAUGAUCUGAAACUUGUUAAAAAUGCAAUGUUGUCAUAUAUACAAAAGAAAUAUGGAAUAUUGCCUCCUGAUCAGGCUGUUAAGGGUGUUGAGAUUGUCAAUGGACACUUAAAGGCAGAGGAACAACUGGAACAAGGUCAACGUAAAGUACCCAGUGGUCUGACAGUAGGAGUUUCUCCUACUGUAACUCCUGCUGCAGUUGUUACUCCAGUACAAACUCCUUUAAAAUUGUUAAAAACACAACAACAGCAGCAACAACAUCAACCACAACAACAUCAAUCACAGCAACAACACCAUCAUCAACAACAACCUCCUCCACAACAAGAAAGCACUAAUAAAAUGAAAAUAUACAAGUGCGGCUUUUGUACAUUCCAAUCGAAAGAACUAGGACAUGUUCGAUUCCACAUGCGCACUCAUAUGAAUAAAAAGGAGCCUGAGAAACCUAUUCUUAAUCAAGCAGCUGCUAAAACAUUAACCCCAGUACCACAACAGAAGAAACGACUUUAUAGAUGUCAAGUAUGUUCCAAAUCCUUUGAUAGUCGAAUAAAUUGCCUCGAUCACAUUCAGAAAGAUCAUAAUCAGCCAACUCCAUCAACCUCAAAUGGGGAAAGAGAAACUGAAGAUUCUCGUCCGGUUGCAACUAAAGUUAUAAAAUCGGAACCAUCCAAGGCUCAGGAUAAUAAUGAGCAAGCCGAAACACCUAUGGAUGUAGACGAAAAUCAACAGGAUAACAACAAAGGCACUGUAGACACUGACAUGAUGUUGAAUGACAAUGUCCCCGUUGAAGGAUCUGCAGAUGUCGAUGAACAGGUUGAAGAACCGGAAAAUGCAGGCGGAGGUGAAGAAACUGAAAACUCUCAGGAGGAUACAUCUCCAAAAGAUGCCAAAUCUAAAAAAAAAUCUGAGCCGGCACAAGAAGAAGCAGCUGAAGUUGAAGAGGAUGAAGAAGAUACAGCCGUGCCUGAACAGGAAGAAGCAGAUCAAGAAACUCCAGAUAGUGUUGAAAAAGAAGUCAAUGAAGACGCAAAUGUGGAAAACAAAACGGGUGACUUAGACAUAGAGUCAAUGUUAGCUGCAAUCCAUAAUGAUAAUCCCCCAACUAACAGUGGAGAUUCACAAAGUAAAGCUUAGAAUGUAUACAACUUACUUCUAAGUUAGUACUUAAUCAAUUUUAUAUUUAUAAGCUCCAAUUUCAAAAUUUAAAAUUUAUCCUUGGUUUUUUGGUUAAUAUUUAUUAUCAAUUACAUUUAAGUGGUAUUACUUAUCAUAAAAAUAGCAAUUAAACCUUUUUUUUUUAUUAAUUAUUAAGAACAUAUAAAGUAUAAUUAUAACACAAUAAAAAAGUUUGAUCAAUGUUUUUCAACAUUAAACAAUUCAUAUUAAUUGAACUACUUACCACACUAACUGAUUUUCGGAUUUAAAUCAAACUAGCUUAUUUGCAAUAAUAUUGAAAAAAUUCUAACUUUGUUUAGACAAUUCAUAAACGAGUUAGUUUUUACUUACACAAAAGUACUUCAUUGUUUGAUAUUUGUGAUUUUUAAAUGUAUUUUAGCCAUGUACCUAACUUAUUAUUACAGACUAAUAUUCAAUUUUCAAUCAUAAUCAUCUUCCAAGCGACUUACAGACAUCUAACUAUGCAUACAUUGUUUUUCAUAGUCUAAUAGUUUUUGUUAAAUUGAUAAGUAUGACAACUUAAUUGUAAAAGAAAUAAUAGAAUAUAAUAUAUAUAAUAGUGACCAGAAUUAUUAAUUUAAAUUUUUCAGUUUUAAAAGUAAUUAUUGAUUUAUUUUUGUUUAAGUUAACAAUGAUUCAUUUAAUACAAAUAAUUAUGAGUACAAAUAUUUAAAUUGCUUUUAUGAGAAAAGUUCAGAGACAUAUUAUUAUGCAUGAAUCAUAGUCAUAGUUUUCAUUCAUCUUAGCUUAAUCAUUCGGUGUGGUAAAUUUAAACUUGAUAUUAUGCAGACAGUAAAAUACUAAAAUAAAAUUUAUAUUUAC